AUUAGUAGUGAAAAAAAAUAUCCCCAAAGAGGUAUAAGCUAUGAAAAGUGAAUGAUGCAUGAUGCCGUAGGCGCUGCUGGCGCUGCGUCCUGGGGGCUCAACCUGCAAUCUUUUGAUUGUAUAGAUGUACUGAAACACUGGUAUAUAGAGUACCGUCCUCUCAAACACGUAAAGGUCCAUGCAAUAUAUGGAGUUAGACGGGUACGAGAGCGUAGAUAGGCGGGGGGCCGUCCUAUAUAUAUUGUCCUUGAACGGGCGCAGACACGUCCGCGUGAUUUUAAUUUUAACUGCUUUCAUCCAUUCCUCCCCCCCUUCAUGUUGGUUUAUCUGUGCCUAGUUGUCUCCAGUAGCAUAGUAUGGUUAAGGUGGAGUGGGUGGGACGUUAUUGAUGUGUGUGGGUGAGGCCGGGGGGAAGUAUUGACCCGUGGCAGUGUGGGGGGGUAGCCUCUCGCCGGGUCCUGGUGGGGGAGGGCGGCCAUGGCCUCUCCUGGCCGCCCAUGGCCGCCCUCCUCCACCACUAUUGUAGCCAGCGGCCGCCGCCUCACACCACCACACGCCCAUGUAGCCACACAGCUUCCUCUUCCACAUAUCCACAUCCCUCAAUUUAUAUAUCCCUUCCCCUGGCGGCUGGUCAGACAGGCGGAAACUUAUUAAGGAGGACGCGAGUGAACCGAUUCCAUUUUGGCGAUUUGAGGGCGGCGGUCAUGAGCCCCGAGGUGCGGGAGUGACCAUGACAUGACACCACCUCAACAUACACAUGGACCGACACAUGGACCAACACAUGGAGUGCAGUUGUGUCAUGUGACGUGAAGAGACGGGCUCGGGAGGACGUAAUAGUACGUGUGCGAAGCACUAUGGAGGAGAGUCAGUUGAAGUCGGUAGAAGAGGAGGAGAAAGAGGAGGGUGAGCUAGAGGAAGGAGAGCUGGAGGAAGAUGAGGGUGGUGAGGAUGCUUACAAGAACCAGCUCACCCCUGUCUCUCCCCAGCUGGUGCAACAAGAGAAGCAAAGGGAGCAGACCAAGACAAACACUGAGGAGGAACACCAUGAAGCAAAUCCAAUUGCUGCUCUUGCUGCAGAUACAGAGGCCAGAGAGGAGGGGAAGAGAGAGAGGAGAGAGAGUAAGGACGAAAAGAAGAGAAAACAUAAGGAGGAAGAUGAAGAAAGAGAGAAGAGGAAGAAGAAGAAGAAAAAGAAGAAGCACAUAAGUAGUGAUGAGGAAGACGAGGACGAGUCACCUCCGAUGGUGAAGCCACCGUUCCUUCACCGUAAAAUGAUGGGGCCGCCUGCAUUUGACAGCAACAUGGGCUUUGAUGCUAUGCUGCAGCAGGAAAUGAUCUUGAGAGGGCGUUCCCCACCACCUGGCAUGAUGACUUUUCCUCCACCCUCUGGACCCUUUGGUGCUCCGCAUGGCAUGUUUAGGGGACGACCCAUGUCAGAUUAUGACUCGUUUGAAUCUGGCUCGGAUUCUGAGGCACAUGACCGCCAUGGACGGAGACAGAGACGCCUUAACAGAAGAUUCAGGAGGUCUCGUUCUCGGUCCAGAUCCCCUUCUCGCAAAAAUGAAGCCAUAUGCAUGUAUUACAUGCAGGGCAGUUGUCAAAGAGGAAAAGGAUGUCCAUACUCGCAUGAUGUACAGCCACAACGAAAGAUGGAACUCUGCAAAUUUUAUAUGAUGAACUGUUGUGCAAAGAAGGAUAAAUGUCUGUAUAUGCACAAAGACUUUCCAUGUAAACAUUAUCACACGGGUGUCAAGUGCAAGUCUGCUGAUAAAUGCAAGUUCAGCCACGAUCGUCUUUCUGAAGCGGCUCGCAGUGUUCUCCUUAAGCAUAUAGAACUAGCCCCCAAAGACAUACUGGGUGACUUUCCUCGUUUAACUAAAGAAGCUGCUCAACUUGUGGUGGCAAUUACUGAGGAACAUCGCAAAGGAACUCCAAUGGAUGUUGAAAAUAUGGCUGGGGUUAUGGAAAUAAAAGGCAGAGGUUUUAAAUAUGUUGACAAAGCAAUAAAACUUCUGGGGAAGAAGCAAGAAGCACGGAUAAAGAACAUGCAGAAAAAUGAACUGGGUGAACCGUCGGGAGCAGACCGUGUGAUGAGCCCCGAACAUCGGCAGACAUUUAAGGCAACACACCACAAACUAGAUGAUAGCACACUCAGGUCGCCCUCCAAACAGAUGCGAACCCCACCACAAAGACCAUACACCUGGCAGUAUGGCUGUAGAGGAAUGAAAACACCUCAUAAAUUCUCCAAAGAAUGGGUAAAUGGCUCCUGUAUUAUCAGAAGAGGAUGGCACCCCCAGGGUACUGGCCCACAGGGAAUGGGUGUAUAUCGACAGUUCACCAAUGAAUGGGUAGAUGAUUACCAUUACAUGCAAAAAGAUGAAGAGAUGGUUAAUGGUGAACUGUCCACAUCAGGAGGCAGCAGCAACAUCAGUAACACCAGUCCAAACAAUAGAGGCAAUGUUAGCUCUAACACUAAUGUUAAUUCCGACAAUUCUAGUCAGGCUGGGUUAAGUGCAAGUAGAAAGCUCGGAGGUUUCAUGACGGCACGAAUGCCUCAGAAGCAACGGGAGCUGUUCCAGCGGAUUGAACAGCAACACUCUGUCCACCAUGACCAAGAUGACUCGCUGGUUGAUGGAGGGAUGGACGAAGCAUCAACUAGUGCCAGUAAUGUUAACUGGUACUCCAGUGAUGAAGAUGCAGAUAAUCCCUCACUUUCCAAAACACAAUCACAGAUCUCCUCUCAUCCGGCAAGCAAUUUAUCUCCAAGUAGGACACCACCACUACCUUGUCAAGUUUCUGCUACACCUCCAUCAGGUAGGAGUUUCACAUCUUCAGGAAGGCAAGGGAAUAGUCCUGGCACACCUUCCACAACACCACCACAUAAGGGUGCCUUCCCAGCCAUCAACUUGGACAGCAUCAACAUCUCUUCAGAUCUGGCAAGUGUUUUGUCAGCUCUAAAGAAUCAGAAUGCAGCUAGUACUAAUAGAAGCAGCACAGAGGAAUCGGGUCGAAAUCCAAGAAUGCAGUCUCCUCGCGGAAAAAAUCCAAGAGACAUGUCUAGAGAUACAUCUCGGGACAUGGCAAAGGAUUCAAGAGAAACAUCUCGAGACCAUAGGGACACACCAAUGGAUCAGCUGGAGCCACCUGGAGACAUGCAUAGAAAUCCUCGAGAUAUGUUCCGAGAUACAAGAGACAUAAUGCAGAGUCCUAGAUCAGGUGCAGACUAUGCCCCUAAUCUUUGGCCAAGGGAUCAGUUACCUGUGUCUAUUAUGCGAGAUUCCUGGGACCGUCGGAGUGAAAUGGACUCGUCCAAAGAUGCCAGAGAUAUACACAGUAGUUUAUCAGAUACACGAGAGGGUUCGGAUAUUGAUCAUGAUCAGCAACAAAGGACAGGGGAUGUUGACUUAAGAGUGUUACCAGGAGUUGAAAAUAGUCGAACUCAAGGAUCAAAUGUUAAAGGUUUGCGGUAUGAUACAGACAUGAGGAUCUCAAGUGAGCACUCAAUAUAUGAUGUAGAUUUAAGACAAAUAAAUUUAGCAAAUACUUUUAAAAGUAAUGAAGAGGAAAUGAAUUCACUGCCAUUUAAAGUACCGGUGCAUACCCCAGCCAAAGAAAUUGUUGCUUCAAUAUCAUCUCAUUCUCCUAUGUAUUAUCAGCUUUUAAAGGUGACUAUUCCUAAACCAAAUUUUGCCCACCUCAAAAUUAAUAAGGAUGAUCCAAGAAUCAUGGAAGAUCCCAGACUUCGAAGAAUGCUCAGAAGAAAUUCAACAGAGGAGGUUGCUAAUCGCAGUCCAAGGACACCUUCUAGAUAUGACAUAGAAAGUCCAAUGAGCCCUCCAGGAUUUGCAGCUUCCAAGGGUGACUUAAGACUUUCUGACUCUGAUUCUAAAGAUUCCAGAGACCCAAGAGUGUCAACUUCAAGGGAUCCUAGAAGUGAAAUUCGCGCAGAUCCUCGAGCUGAAAACCGUGUAGAACCUAGAGUAGACCCUCGGAUGAAUGUGAGAGCAGAUCCUCGUGUUGGAAAUAGAGGUGACCCAAGAGCUGAUUCACGUGAUCCAAGAACAGAACAGUUAAGUGAUAUAAGAAAUCAAGAUCCUAGAAUGAGUGGGAUGUUUGGAGGUGGAAAUGGUGGAGGUAUGAUGGAGGGAGGAAUGCAGUUUAUGAACAUGGGUCCUGGGCCCAUGGGUCCUACACUUCCUCGUGGUGUGGACCCCAGGGGUAGGCCAGGGCUGCUUGGCCCUGCACCACUGGCAUUUUCUCCGGGAGUUCCACGUCCCAUGGGGCCAAGGAUGCCUCCAUUUAUGAUGGGUCAAAUGGGUCCAAAUGCUGGUUUUUUCCCUGAUGACAGUGGGGAGAUGAUGGGCGGUGGAAGUUUCCCCCCUGGAGGUUCUGGAUGGGGAGGACGUAUACCAUCAAAUGACCCUAGACUACAAAGAGACAUGGGGGAUGGAAACAGAUCAUACACUCCACCUCCGGUGUCCUAGUGACUCAUUGGUAAUGCUUAAAUGCAGUUACCUUUAUAACUCUGUGAUGUUAGCUACUAUGGGGUAUUACUGAUCUUAAACAUAUGAUGCCAAUAAGUGUGGGUCUUGAUCUUUUGAGUUUGCCUAAUAAUUAGGCUGUAUGAUUCUGUACCUCCUAUUUCCUGCAGUGCACAUGUACCUAUGUCACCUGUUAUUUGUAUUGUUUAAUGUAACUUGUGGUGAUGAAUGUAUGAUGUACAGUAUAGUUACAGUUAUAAUCCUGUAACCCUUCUGAACCUGUAUUUCUGAUAUUAAAUAAGAUCAAAAUAAUUUAAAAUCACUUUCUUAUUUUAAACAACUUGUCCAUAAAUUGUAUUAUUUCUUGUUUAUAUUAGUAUGUAGUUCCUUCUGUGCAGCUAUAUCUGUUAUGUAUAGGUAGAUAUGAAUGUGUAAUAACAUGAUAAUAUUUUAAGUUCUUCACUAGUAAAUUAAGAAAGAUGCCAGAAAUGUUAAGUAAUUAAUUGUAAUAACCAAUUCUUACUUUUUUGAGUACAAAGGGAUCUAAUCCCAAAUAGGCUGUUGAGGAGUUGAACUGUAAAGGUUCAUGAUAUUGUUUGAGGCAUUUAGAAGGGGACAUUUCCAUGCAUUACAUUUGGUAUUAAGAGCAAUACUCAUGGUUUUUGGAUAAUUUCUCAUAUUUUAACUGAAGUACUGUACUGUACAUUAAACCAAAAUAUUUUGACACUAGGAAAGCAAUAUUCUUUAUAUUAAUUAAAUACUUUAGCUUCAAAAUAUAGUAUAGAAUGCUUGGUUUACUGUUAAAUUAGUUUAAUAUUACCUCAUAUUGCUCAAUACAUUUAGGGUAAAAAUAUACAGAUUUAGUUCUACAUACAUUACUAGAUAUAUACAAUAUUGUUACAAAAAUUAUACUUCAAAGAUAUGUGAUAAAGUUUAUCAACCUCACAAUUAUGUAAAAAAAAAUUCUCUUAAUUUCAUAGUCCCUUUUGUGCCAGAAUGUAAUCUAAAAUCACUUGUCAGCAGGAAAAUGUAAACGUUUCUUACAGCAGAAAAGCAAGCAUUGCUGGCAAGAUAUUGUUUUUCUGCUGCUGACAAGUACUUUAUACUGUACCAUAAAAGUAGGCUUUGAUAUUUGACUUGCCCACUGUUUUAGUAAAAAUGGAUGGAUAAUAUUA